AUCAGCUCCUAUUUGGAAAACUGCCGAACAGCAUCAACAGCUGUAUUGUACUAUGUUGUACUGAAUAACCAACGCAGUAAAGCUAUCCUGUAAAUCAAGCGGGUAUUUGACACACGUGACAAGCAAUCGUUAGCGCUUGGCAACAUUAGGAGGAUCAACAGCGAGCUUAUUAUGCCAACAUUCUUUCUUAAUGUGGUAAAUGGGAGUAGUUCGCUUUUCUAAAUCUGUCUCGUGCACCUCACUGCAGUUUAACUUGAUUUAAGCGAACACGGAAGUAUGCAACAGACACCUGACCGGACAUAGAAGCUUCCAGUAAAACACCACUUCCCAGAAUGCACCGCACGUUCCGGUGACAUCCACGCUACGAUGAGGUGAAACGGUUGUUGUCGUCUCGAUGGUUGAAAGUAGCUGCUUGAAAAUUGAGGUAUAACAGCUGUUACAUCGGAAUUAACGCGGUGUCCCGGCCGGUAGGGUGUUCGGUUCCCUCUGGAGUUACUGCCAGAGUAAGGGUUUCAUCCCCCGCUUCGUUUUCGGUGAGUUCAUCGCCAUGUUAUCAUCUGUUCCCACCAGGCUCAUUGCGCGAAGGUCGCGCAGCCUGUCACCGUGCAGCCGCGUGCUCCAGACCAGCGCAAGCGGUGCUGCACGCCAGGGCAUCCGCGAGAAACCUGCAGAGAACAACCGCAACCCCAUAGUGUCCACCUCCAGGGUCUCCAGGACGGGAAUUUUAGCUGAGGAGACCACUGUUACCAGUGUGAAUCCAUCGGUGCAGUACCACCAUCUCGCCCCUAGAUGGCUGUCCAACCUGGAGAACCGCCGCAACUCGUGGGCGGCUCUGGCCAGCAGAGGGCGCAACAACAACCACUACUGGGAGGAGAGCGGCGGAGGUGAAGGUCGGGGGACAGGUGGAGGAGCCAGCCGGACAGGAGUGGCUUCUGUCGGUGUGCUGUCUGCUGCAGCCAUGGCCUUCUGCCUGAAGAAAGAUUCUGAUAACAAAGGUGAUUCUCUUCUGGAGGCAGCGAGGACCAAUAACUCUGAAGAUGUGGCCAGGCUGGUAAAAGAGGGGGUCGACCCAAACCACCUCCACCGUCUAGGUUGGACCGCUCUCAUGGUGGCUGCCAUGAACCGACAGCACAGCGUGGUGAAGGUUCUGCUCCAAGCCGGUGCCGACCCAAACGUCGGAGAUCACUUUAACAACGUUUACGACACCUCACGGGAGAAAGGCAUCCACUCACUAGAAGUUCUUGUGUCCAGAGAGGAUGAGUUCAGCAGCAGGCUCAGCAGCAGGGCUGGCUUUCGUGGUUGCACGGCGCUUCACUACGCCACACUGGCUGAUGACCCACGCACUGUGCGCAUGCUGCUGGAGGCUGGUGCCAACCCCCUGCAGACCAAUGGUUUGGGACACACAGCACGUGCGUAUGCUAAGGAGGGAGAAUUGAACACCGUACUGCAGGAGUUUGAGGGCAAGUUCCAGGAGGUGCAGGCUCGGCGGGAGGCGGCGGAGAGGCGGAGGUUCCCCCUGGAGAGGAGGCUGAAGGAGCAUAUCAUCGGACAGGAGGGGGCCAUCAAUAUUGUGGCCUCAGCCAUCAGGAGGAAGGAGAAUGGUUGGUACGACGAAGAGCAUCCUCUCGUAUUCCUCUUCCUCGGCUCGUCAGGAAUCGGAAAGACAGAGUUGGCCAAACAGGUGGCUCGCUACAUGCACAAGGACAUCAAAAAGGGUUUCAUCCGUAUGGACAUGUCCGAGUUCCAGGAAAAACACGAGGUGGCAAAGUUCAUUGGCUCCCCGCCGGGAUACGUGGGACAUGAGGAAGGGGGUCAGCUGACCAAGCUGUUGAAGGCGUGUCCCAACGCUGUUGUCCUGUUUGAUGAAGUAGACAAGGCCCACCCUGAUGUUCUGACUAUCAUGCUGCAGCUCUUUGACGAGGGUCGCCUCACAGACGGUAAGGGGAAAACCAUCGAAUGUAAAGACGCCAUCUUCAUCAUGACAUCUAACAUUGCAAGUGAUGAAAUCGCCCAGCAUGCACUGCAGCUUCGCCAGGAAGCUGAAGUGGUCAGCCAGAGAAAGCUGGCCGACAACCUCGAGGAUGUACAGAAAAGUGAAGACGUCAAAAUUACCCGACAGUUUAAAGAAUCUGUCAUUCGUCCGAUCCUGAAGGCUCAUUACCGGAGAGACGAGUUUCUGGGUCGGAUCAAUGAAAUUGUCUACUUCCUGCCGUUCUGUCACUCAGAGCUGCUGCAGCUGGUCAGCAAAGAGCUCAACUUCUGGGCCAAGAAGGCUAAGCAGCGUCAUGGCAUCACUCUUCAGUGGGAGCACCCGGUUCUGGACCUGUUGGCGGGCGGGUAUAACAUGCAUUAUGGAGCACGCUCCAUCAAACAUGAGGUUGAGCGGCGGGUCGUCAACCAGUUAGCUGCAGCGUACGAACAGGAGCUGCUGCCCAAAGGCUGCAUCCUGCGUCUGUCCGUCCAAUCAGUGGACCGGGAGGAGCCGAGCAUGCCCAGUCUGCGCCUCGAAGUGGUAGGAGAGGAUAGCUCAACGAGAACGCUGGACAUCCGUCCACCGCUCAGCCCCGAACACUAACACAGAAGCACAGAGAUCCAUAUGCACACAUGUGCACUUUCCACACAUACAACAUCAUCAUCAUCAUCAUCAUCAUCAUCAUCGUAGUGUCAGGAGGAUGGAUAGUUCUUGAUGGAUGUUAUCAAUAAAGGUACCUCUGAUAAACACAUCACUGCCUCUCUGCUUCAGUACACACAUGCAGUAAUUACAUGCCAACUGUUCUGCAAUAUUGCAGCACAGUAUCUGCCAGCAAUGUGUGCUGUAAGCAGUGUAUUAAGUCAACCUUUGUGACCAUUAAAGUUUAUCUUACAACGGACUUUCUUAUCAGCUGGGUGCUGAUAUCAAGAGCUGUGCAAACAGGCUCAUGAGAUGAUAUCAAAUAUAAGUGCAGGUUGUAAAUGUAGAACAGAGGCGUCAGCUUCAUCGACAUCCAACAUCUCAUCAGUCGAUAGAAGCCAUCGUAUUCGCUCAAACAAAAGCUUUGCAUCAUUGUUUUUGUUCUUUUAGUAGCCUACUGUUGAUCAACUUCGCUGUGACAUAGAGAUGAAGUUAAUGUCCACUUUAUAGUGUAGAACACUAAAAGAAAAAAGCCAAAUUAUUUAUAAUUUAUUUAAUAUAUAAGCUAAGUUAAUGGUAAUACCCAACGCUGAAGGGAUGAAUGUAAAGUUGUCGUUGCAAAUGAAAAUAAAAACGAGUAGCAACACUUAAAUCGCUUAUAUUUAUUUUUAAGUAUUUAAGAAUGACAAUGUUUGGAUAAAUAACAUCCACUUUGACUUUGUCCGUUUGCUGUGAAGGAAAGUAUUAAUGACCAAAGAUGGUUUGACAGAUUGUUGCCUGUGUGUUCACUUUAACGCACACUUAUAAAAUCCUCACCAGCACUGAUAAAUGUUUGCAAACACAACCUGCUUAUUCAUUUUGUUUUAGUCGAUGUGUUAGUGGAGAACUACCAAGCAGAAAUGUAGAGUAGCCCAUGUGAAUGAUGGGUAAUAUAACUGCCUUGUGAAUUGUUUCUGUUGAUGCAUGUUGAUGUAAAGAAGUCUCGUCCGUCACUGGUGCUGUACAGUGUGUCUGCGCAGGCAAGCCUAUCUGACAUUAAGAGAAAUUUAGAGUCAUAAAGAAAUAAUAUUCAAAGUGUUGUUUCAUAAAUGUUUUAACAGCAUGUCGACAAGCCGCCAAAUGUAAUCGAGCGACAUUUUUCAUUCUUGUAUCCCAACCUCCACCGUGUAAAUAAAGUCAUCGCAACAAAAA